ACAAAGUGGUAUUUAAUUCUCUCGCCUCUCUCGCAAAGUCUUUCGCGAGAGCCCCAGGCUUCUUCCUUCACAAUCUGUGGAGGAGGGUGCAAAGAGAAAGGCCUUCUUCCAGGCAGAGAGGCUGCACUGCACUGCAGUUUGCCAAAGGCGAAAGGAAAAUUAAAAGGGUAAGGAGACGGUGGUGGUGCCUGUGUUUAUAUUAAGCUUUGCAAGAACUAGUGUAGUAGAGCAGAGAGAAGAGGCUCUCUUCUUCUUCUUCUUCCUCCUCACUCUCUUCCUUCUUCUUCCUCUGGACCACAGGCUUAACAGUAGCCCCAUUCCCCUCCCCUUGGUUUUCUGCAAACACGCAAACUCUAAAUAAGCCUCCUAUGUUUCUCUCUCCCCAUUGCACUUACUCCACUCUUUGUGUGUGAGUGUGUGGAGAGGCAGAUAUUAUAUUGCAGGAGGCCAUUAACUUAUCUUCAACAAGAAGAUCUGUGAGGAGGCCUCUUGUGCUUCUGUUCGUGGGGGGAGCGGGACUUGAGGGCGGUCAGGGAUGAGUAAGGAGGAAGUCCUCAAGAUUCAGACUUGUGUGCUGAAAGUGAACAUCCACUGUGAUGGGUGCCAGAAGAAGGUCAAGAAGAUCCUCCACAAGAUUGAAGGUGUGUACCAGAGCAGCAUAGAUGCUGAGCAGGGCAAGGUGACGGUGUCCGGCCUGGUGGAUCCGGUCACCAUUAUCAAGAAGCUGAACAAGGCCGGCAAGCCGGCCGAGCUGUGGGGUUCCAAGGUCGGGGUGGCAGCGGUGAACAGCCAGUUUCAAAAGCUCCAUCUUGACGGCGGUGGCAAGGGCGGGCAGCCCAAGGAUGGAGGUGGCAAGGGCGGGCAGCCCAAGGACGCCGGCGGCAAGGGCCAGAAGGGCGGAGGUGGUGGCAACGGUGGAGGUGGCAGCAAGGACGUGAAGAUGAUGCUGCCGCCGCAGAUGCCGCAGCCGACGCCGCAGCAGCUUCAGCAGCUCCAGCAGCAGCUGCAGAUGAAGGGGCUGAAGCUGCCGCAGUUCAUGGACGGCAAGAUGCCGUUCGCGGCGGCCGCGCCGAUCAAGGACCCCAAGUCCGUCAAGUUCAGCCUUCCUCCCGAGGAUGACUUCGGCGACGACGGCAGCGAGUUCGAUGACGAGUUCGACGACUUCGAUGAUGACGAAGAUUUCGACGAUGACGGCCUCGACGACGACUACUACGACGAUCCCAAGUUGAUGAAGCAGAUGGCCAUGCCGCCACCGAACGCCGGUGGGGGCGACAAGAAGGGUGGCAACAACGGAGGCGGCAAGAAGGGCGGUGGCGGCAACGAGAUCCCCGUGCAGAUCAAGGGGAACGCCAACAACGGCGGCGGCGGCGGCGGCAAGAAGGAUGCCGGUGGCAAGCAGAACCAAGGUGGCGGAGGCGGCAACGGCCAAGGCGGCGGCAAGAACGGCGGCGGCGGACAGCCGAACAACGCCAAGGGGGGUGGAGGCGCCCCGAACGGCGGCAACCACCCUGCUCAGGGGAAGAAAGGUGGCGGCGGCGGCGGCCCCGCCGUCGGUGUGGGUGGCCCGAUGGGCGGCAUGCCGGCGCAGCAGCAGGCCAUGAUGAGGCCUGGCAUGAUGGGGGGCGGUGCCGGUUUCCCCGGAAUGGGCCAGAUGGGCGCCGGGCCCAUGACUAUGCCGAUGGGCCACCACCCCCACAUGGGUGGCGUGCAGGGCGGUGCCGGUGCCGGUGCCGUGCAGGGCAUGCCGCCGGCGGCGUUCUACCAGGGCGGCGGCGGCGGCAGCGGCAUGCCGUCCGGCCCCGAGAUGCUGCAGGCCGCCGCCGCGGCCGGCAACCCCAUGGCCCAGCAGCAGUACAUGGCCAUGAUGCAGCACCAGCAGCAGCAGCAGAUGAUGAUGAACGGCCACCACGGUCACGUUCACGGCCACCAUCACGCCCACGGUGGCGGUGCUCCGGCGGGGUACCCGGCGAUGGGAUACGGGUACGGCCGGCCGCCGAUGCCGUACCCGAUGUCGUACCCAAUGCAGCCCCACCCGCAUGCCGAUCCCUACAACUACUUCAGUGACGAGAACCCAAACAGUUGCUCGGUGAUGUGAGCCGAGCCUGCACAGUGGCCAUAGCUGCUGCUUUCUUCCUCCUCCUCCUGCUGCUGCUGCUCACUCUGUUCAACAAAGUGAACCAACCAGAAGGAAGGAAGAAGCUAGCAUCAUCAGGUCACAGUCUCACAGGUGAUUGUCACCAUGGCUGAUGCUCUGGAUCAGUCAACCCAACCAGUAUACACCAUGGGAAAUGAGUCCCAUCUAGAUCGCUCCUCUUUUUUUUUUUCACUUUCUUUUUCUUUUUCUUACUUAGCUCGUUUUCACCUUUCUUUUAAAGGAGAACUCAACUUCCUUGAAGGCGAAGGUAGGUAUAGUAAUUAUCUAUAGUUUUUCAUAAGAGAUGAUGAUGAUGAUGAUGGUGCUUUUUAUAAGCCAAGAAGGAAGGUGGUGGCUUCCUUCUUGCUCCAUAAGGGUGGUGAUGCAUGGUAGAUGAACAAUGUGCAAAACAAA